AUGAGCUCCGCGCAAGACGGCCAUGGCUCCAAGAGCUCCAAGCCGCCCAAAGAGGUCCAUAGGCUCAUCCUCUGCUUCGAUGGCACUGGAAACACUUUUAGCGGAUCCAACGCAGAUACCAAUGUUGUCAAACUGUUGAGCAUGCUGGAUCGAACUUACCCUAAACAAUACCAUUAUUACCAGGCUGGCAUCGGCACGUAUGAUGUCAAUGAGACAUCCGUAAACAAGUCAUGGCUUGGUGAGAUGCGGAGUUCCAUUUCACAGACCAUCGAUCAGGGAUUUGCUACGACGUUUGACGCGCAUGUCAUGGCCGGUCGCGGCGCUUACACGGCCAAAUUCCUGGCGCGCAUGAUUCAUACCGUCGGCCUGCUCUGCAAGGGUAACGAGGAAAUGGUUCCCUUUGCAUUCCUCCUUUACCAGCGCUACUUGUCAGGGCAGCUCAAAGAUCGCACGGUUGAGCAAAAAGAGCAACUCAAAAACGCCACAACUCUUGAGCAACUCAUGAAAGCCGUCCCGGUUGACCAGCUCAAAGAAGCCAUGACAGUCAAGCAGCUCAAGGAAGCCAUCCCGGAUGACCAGCUCAAGGCAGCCACGACAGCUGACCAGCUCAUGUCAGCCAUCUCGGUUGACCAGCUCAAGGAAGCCAUGACGGUGGACCAGCUCAAGGCAGCCAUGCCAGCUGACCAGCUCAAGGCAGCCACGACAAUGACGGUUGACCAGCUCAAGGCAUCCAUCUCCAUUGACCAGCUCAAGGCAUCCAUCCCAGUGGACCAGCUUAUAGCAGCCAAUCCAGCUGACCAGCCCACGAGCACCAGCCUGGGGAAGAAGCUUAACAAAGUUCUCCUCCCUCUUAAGCACCUCAAGGCGGCCAUGACAGCCGAGGAUCCCGUGGAGCUCAUCGAUGUUAGGACACUGGAGGAAGUUCGAGAGGAGCGGCUCCAGGACGAGAGCCAACCACUCCUGAAUGGCGACAACUCUACUAGUAGCGGAGGACCCAAUGAGGCCUUUGACGAGCUAAAGGCCUUUAGCCACACCUUUUGCCGAGAAGAAAAAGGCAAGGACGGCAAGGGUGAGAACAUCAAGGUCUUCUUCCUCGGCAUCUGGGAUUGCGUCAGCUCCGUUGCCGUCUUGGAGCGCAAGGCGCCCAUCCCCAUCGAAGUGGUUGGCACCGCGCACUAUGUCCGACACGCAGUAGCGGUCGAUGAGCGCCGCGUCAAGUUUAAAGCUGCGCUCCUCGCCCAGGAUAUCCGGGAUACGAAGAAUGACGACAGCGAAGACAUCAAGGAGGUCUGGUUCCCAGGGUGUCACGGCGACGUGGGCGGCGGCUGGCCCGCUGGUGGAGGAGAAGACAAGGCUGCUGCGACCGAGAACAAGAUGCUCUGGCAGCGUUCGGCCUCGUGGAAGCACCAGAUCAAGAGACUUUGGAAAUCCUGGAAGCCAAAGGGACCCAGCCCUGACGUAGGCGCUGACGACUUGCAGAUGAGUGAUGUCCCGCUGGCAUGGAUGAUUCACGAGCUCGAGCUCGUAGAUCAACAAAACCCCCUGACCGCGGUGAAAUGGAAUCCCAACGUCAAACGCUUCAAGGAGAGAUUCGAAGCAUGGUUCAACGAGGAAAAACGGUUUGCAAUAGGGGGAUUUGUGCAUGACUCGCUCUCGUUUGGCCGAGGCACAAGCUUUUUCAAAGUGCUCCUAUGGAGGUUCAUGGAGUAUUUGCCCAUCAUCUGCCGUUGGGAAUUACGCUGGACCGAGAUCAAACCGCUAUGGGAAAACGUCCGCUUCCCCCUCAACAAGGGCCGCCCUCGCGACAUGCCACACGAUGCCGUCCUCCACGAGUCGCUGAUUCGUCGCCUUCGGGAGGAUCCCCUGUACAGGCCCGACAACUGCAACGGCAGAGGCACGUUAUGCUGCCUGCAGCGCAACGACACCUUGGUCCAGUUUACUUCUACCGACGACAGGGCGGCGGAUUGCAAGCAUCAAACGUACAAGUUUGUUCACGUUGCCCGCAUCAACGAACGGCGAAGGAAAGCUGUGAGAUCCUGGAUGCAAUGGGCCAAAGACGUUUUUACGUGGAAAUGGCAGUUGACGACGGCUUGUGCUAUUGCAGUCAUUGGCUUUUGCCUCGCCCGGCUACACUAA